AUGGCAGCCCAAGAUGCGCCGCGGUUCUCGGCUCAAAGGCAAGCCGCCGCCGCCGGCGCGCUCGUGCCGCACGCGACGGCCACGCCGGAGCGGCAGGCGGCCGCCGCGCAGCAGCAGCAGCAGCAGCAGGAGCAGCAGCAGCAGCAGCAGCAGCAGCAGGGCCCCCGGCGGUUCGUGCGCCAGCAGGUGCCUGACGAGGUCCUGAACGACCCCAGGCUAAAUGCAGCCCUGUCGGCUCUGCCCGCAAACUACAACUUCGAAAUCCACAAGACCGUGUGGCGCCUGCGGCAGGCCGGCGCGCGGCGCGUCACGCUGCAGUUCCCGGAGGGCUUGCUAAUGUACGCCUGCGCCAUCGCUGAUAUCCUGCAAGACCACGCGGGCGCGGAGCACGUGUUUGUGAUGGGGGACGUGACGUACGGCGCCUGCUGCGUCGACGACUACAGCGCCGCCGCGCUGGGCGCAGACUUUCUGGUGCACUACGGCCACAGCUGCCUGGUGCCGGUUGACGUCACCGGUGUGCCCUGCCUGUACGUGUUUGUUGACAUACAGAUGGAUGUCGACCACCUGGUGGACACCGUGAGGCUGAACUUCCCCAAAGGCGCGCGGCUGCUGCUUGCGGGCACGAUCCAGUUCAGCAGCGCGGUGCAGGUGGCCAAGGCGCGCCUGGCCGCAGACUACCCCGGGAUGGAGGUGCCGAAGUGCAAGCCCCUCUCGCCCGGCGAGGUCCUGGGCUGCACCGCCCCCGUUGUGCCCGCCGGCUUGUUUGACGCCAUCGUGUUUGUUGCGGACGGGCGGUUCCAUCUGGAAGCCAUUAUGAUUGCAAACCCGACAAUACCUGCAUAUAGGUAUGACCCCUACGGCCGCCACCUGCUGGCAGAAACGUACGACCAAUCCGGCAUGCGCGCCGCCCGCCGCAAGGCGAUCGCCGCGGCGGCGUCGGCGCGCCGCUGGGGCGUCGUGCUGGGCACGCUGGGGCGCCAGGGGAACCCGCGGAUCGUGCAGCUGCUCGAGGAGAAGCUGCUGCAGAGGGGGCUGCAGUACACGCUGGUGCUGCUGUCCGAGGUGGGCGUGUGA